CUAUUGUUCGCUGUUGGCAGUUGGGCAGACACGCUCCUCAUUUGGAAUUCCUCUCCUCUGAUGGGAGCUGAUAGGGUGGCCAGGGCACGAUAACGAGAUGUCUGGGAUUUUUUGCAGAUGGUAGAAAAAAAAAAAGACCCGCGCAAGGGGAAAGCGACAGCACACCAAAGAGCUGGCAGUGACAGAGGAGCGUGUGCGUGCGCAUGCGGGGGGCCCCAUCACAGUAGCGACUCUUUCAGCACCGCGAGAAAGGAUUCACCCCACCUAAUUCCCUGCGGGGACACCGGACUCCGUGACCCAUGGCCACAGCCCAGACCCUGCCUGUGACCUGCACUCCCCGCGAGCGUUUCGGAGAGCCCUACCCCGCCGCCCCGCCCCCGGAGCCGCCCCGCUGCAGCAUGGGCAGUGUCGGCAGCCUGGUGGAGAAGCCGGACGUGUCCUCCGAGCGGCUGAGGAGCGGGCGCGCGGGGAUGCCGCCGGCCGGCCUCCGGCAGCAGGACGGCCUGCUGAGGAAGGGCUUCACCCAGCGCGAGCUGCUCAACUACCUGAACAUCAGCAAGAAGGAGCCCAAGGCCGGCAAGCACAUCUUCUCCUCCAUCUCCUCCAUCAACUCCAUCAAGAGGGAGCACGGCCACGAGGAGGAGAACAUCUACACCAAGGUCUACCACAAGGACGGCAAAGACCUGAACCUGGGCAAGAACUCGCUGCCCAUUCCGGGAAAGUAUGAGAAGUCUCGGUUCAGGCCCUCAGCCUUCAAGCCGGUCACCCCUAAGAACUUCAGCUCCAUGCAGAACCUGUACCCGGCCAAGGCGGAGGAGCUGGACAACGGCUUGUCCAACGGCCUGCAGGUGUCCUACGCCAAGGUGGCCUCCACGGCGGUGUCCAGCUCGUCCUCUUCCUCCUCGCCCUCGCGCCAGGCGCCAGGCGGGGGCAGGGCGCUGCCGGCGGCCCGGGGGCUGAGCCAGGAGGAGGAGAACAUGUCCGACUCGGGCCACAACUCCAUGAACAGCCUCCCGCCGUACCGGCCGCCCUUCCGGCCGCACCUGGGCCAGAUCAGCGCCUCCAUGGGCCACAUCAACCACAUCGGCUCACUGGACCGGGCCUCCACCAGCACGGAGGCGUCGUGCCCCGGCUCGGCCACGCCGGGCCUGGGCCUGGGCCUGGGACGGCCGCCGGCGGCGUACGGCAGUGAGGCGCCGCCGCCCUACGAGCUGUCGCACUCGCUGGAGGACGUGGUGCGCGACCUGGAGGACCGGCUGCUGGAGAAGGAGCACGAGCUGAAGCAGAUGAGGAGGAACCUGGACGAGAGCGAGGGCGCCAUCGCGCAGGUGUUUGAGGGGAAGCAGAGGCUGUGGGAGAAGGAGGUGGAGGAGCUGAAGCGGCUCUAUGCCGCCAAGCUGCGGCAGGUAUCCCAGCAUGCACAGCGCUCCCAGCGCUCCCUGCAGCUGCAGCUGUUCAAGGCCCAGCAGGAGCGGCGCCGCCUGCAGGAGGACCUGGAGGCCCUGCAGGCCCAGAGCCAGGCCCUCAGGGGCCACUGUGCCGGCUCCCACAGCCAGGACCACAACCCUCAGCUGGAGGAGACGCAGUGGGAGGUGUGCCAGAAGUCGGGCGAGAUCUCCCUGCUGAAGCAGCAGCUGCGGGACGCGCAGGCCGAGGUGGCGCAGAAGCUGAGCGAGAUCUUCCACCUGAAGACGCAGCUGCGCGAGACGCGGGGCGAGCUGCGCGACAGGGACAGCCAGAUCCAGCUGCUGCAGCUGGCCCUGCAGGGGGCGCCGCGGGCCGAGGAGGCGGGCGGGGGCGGGGCCGGGGGCGGGGCCGGGGCCGGCGCGGAGGAGCGCCUGCGGGCCGAGCUGCUGCUGGAGCGGCGGCAGAGUGAGGCGCAGGCGUCCUCCUUCGAGGCGGAGCGGCGCACCUGGCAGACGGAGAAGGAGAAGGUGAUCCGCUACCAGAAGGAGCUGCAGGCCAGCUACCUGGAGAUGUACCACAAGAACCAGGCCCUGGAGAGGGAGCUGCAGGAGCUCAGGGAUGUCGGGGGCGGAGGGGGCGACGAGGAGGGGGCGGACGGGGAGGACCGACUGCCCCCCGGCCUGCCCUGGAUCGAGAGGAUCGAGUCCUCCGAAAUCUGACUUUGGCCUCGGACACGCGGGGCGAGGCCGAGCCAGCCGAGAGGGAUACUGUUUAAAACCAAACAGUAAGCAAGAUACUCUCUGUACAUCGGUCACACACAGAAAACAUCCCCACACCAACCUAUAAACAUCCCCUCAAAGGUUGUCUGUAAUAAUAUGGAAUUACACCUGUUACGUGAUUGUGAUUUUUUUGUAGACUAAUCAGUGCCGAUGCGUGUGUGAGGUACUGUGUUGGCAGAGUGUGCACAGACCGCGGACGCGUCGGUAGGAUAAAGACUAUUUUUAAGCCUCACAGAGGCUGAUGGCCCCCAUCAUUCUCUCUGGUAUUUUGGGGAAAUAUAAGGCCCGCCAGCAGACAAGUCUCUGGGAUUGUUCCUAGAACGCUGAAUUACUGUGUCUGGCCAUAUCAUUUGGCCUGGCAAUGACACCCACCAAAUAAUUCUUUCUGAGGUUAAAAACUAAGCAAAGGAGAAAUCAAUUUCAUUCUGUUCAGGUAGGCUCUGUUAUUAUCUAAAGGCCGUAUAAUAUAUUGUUUCCCUGUUCUUUCGAGCAGUGACUUCAUACCUUCCGAUGUCUAACCUGCUCAGUGGGGAUUUACCUGUAUUAGUGUUUUCUUUUCAGCUAAUAGAUUCCUGUAAGAUCUAUUUCAUAUGAUAAGGCGGGUCUCUGUUGCACUGUUGGCAUGCAAGAACAAUAAGGAAAGAAACUGAUAUCUGCUGCAGGGUUUGUAGCUACUAAAUUCCUGUGCGAUCUUCUCCGGAGCCAGCAUGUUUCAGCUUUAGGUUUGCCACACAAGACCUUGUACCUGACCCCUCUCGAACCCUUGCCCUCUAUCCAGUUCUGCACCCUCUCAUGCCUGCACGUUAUUGUACCUCAACCCUCUCGAACCCACGACCUCUCAUACCCACGCCCUCUCCUACCCCAGUGUUCUCACAAUGAGAGCUUUCGUACCAGCAGAGGAGGAUUGUGGGAAAUGAGCAGUAGAGCAGGUAUUGAGGACGCUGAACCUGCAGCGUGGUUUCCUUCAUCUUCGGUUGACUGUGCUGCAGUCGAUACACGAAGGAGCACCUCUGUGGCUAUAAACGGAGCAGCAUUAAUGAGGGCCUCCCACAGGAGCUCGGCCAUCCGAGCACGGCGCACUGCGCUCCGGACUGACAGCUGUGACUGCCGAAUGUCCCACGCGCAGAGUGCAUCCUCGGGACACGGCGUCCUCCAGCUGACUGCGCUUCCCGGCGAGUGACCUCUCUCGCGGCGGGAGGACUCACUCUGACAUUGUGCUGAGGAGAGUCACGGGGGUGGGACUCGUCCUGACGCUCAGCUGAGGAGAGUCACGGAGCGGGGACUCGCUCUGACGUUCGGCUGAGGAGAGUCACAGACGGCUCGCUCCAACAUUCAGCUGAGGAGAGACAAGGGACCACUUCCACUCGACUCAGUCCAAAGAAAGGGGAAACAUACUGUGACUUACGGACCAACUACUGAAAUGAAUUCUACAAGUGUAUCAUAUGUUGAUUAAUCCUAAAUUUCGAUAUGUAUUUAUACAUUUAUCAAGACGUUUGUGUACAGGAAACUGAAGAUUAGUUUCUACCUUAUUUGAAUAUGAUUUUUAUUAGCGUUUGCGUUUGCAUUGAGUUUCAGAUAUGCUAACUGUCAAGAGGAGAGUGCUUCGUUUCUGUUCAGAUUCAUGUCUGGUGCAAUGGCUCCUUUCCUCUCUUUGUUGCUCCUGUUGUGAAACUGCCCCCUCAUUAAUAACUGAAGGUAUUUGGUGUGGAAUGUGGCCUGCGAAUGCUCUUACAGCUCGGUUAAAGACUUCACAAAACGCAUUUCCAUCACUAAAGGCAUUUGCUGCACGAUCCGCAUUCCUUCCUGGGCGCUGUUUUGUCAGCAGGCAAGUCGAGGAGCUGCUGACAAUGGCUGAAAAGACCUGCUGUAAAGAAAAAAAAAAGGAAGAAUACUUAACCUGAAACGCGCUGAACGUUUCCCUCAUUGGGCCCAUCGGACGCGGGCUGCGACUGCGGUCGAGACGGUCGAGACUGAAGCGGUCGUUUUGCCCUUUUCCUCAUUCCUCCCUGUUAAGACUACUGUCUCCGCUCUGCCACUGUAACGGUGGGUGGAGAAAGCGUAUU